AUGGCUGGCUUCAUUAACCGUUCUUAUCAUUCUAAUUACGACGGUUUGGUAGACACAAAAAAGCACAUUCGCACAUCUGCUUCAGAACUAAGCCAAAAGAUCCGUGACCACCAAAUAGCGAUUGCGUGGAAGCCGUCCUCUGACCCAGACAAAGAGAUAGCUGAGGAUAUAAUUGGCUGUGUGAGCAUAGAGCUGAUUGGACCUAGCAUGGGUAACCUCGGCCUACUUACAUGCCACCUUGAGCAUCGUGGUACUAGAGUUGGUCAACAGCUUAUGGAGUUCGCAGAGAGUUGGGCGAGAAGUUUGGGGGCUGAAGAAAUGCAGCUUGAGAUUUUAGUGCCAGAUGGAUGGGAACACGAAGAAAAUUCACGGGUCGUGCGGUGGUAUGAACGUCGUGGAUAUAAGCUAUGCAGGGUUGCUGAAACUUCUGAAAUUAUUGAAUGGCUAGCAACUGUAGUUACAGGGCCAACGAAGAUGAGGAUAUAUCGCAAAAAGCUUGAAGGACAUUCCAAUUGA